AAUACAGCGCUACCAGUCCCGAUGGUCCCUCAAGGUUUGCAAAUAGCUAUAGGAAGGAGCCAGGUGUCUUGAAUACUAUAUGUAAGUAACGUCGGAAGCAUGGUUUUCACAUACCAGAGAAGCCAUGUCCGAAAAGUCACUGAGUAUAGAGGCCUUGCAGGGCAUUGGCUCUGCGUCCGAAAUCAGCCAUAUCUUGUCUUACCAUAGGCAGAAGACAAGAGCGGCUGUUGAUCUGAAAAUUCUGGAUGAACAAGUUUCUCAAAAGCACGUAACACAUCUCGGUGAAGCACCAGAUGGAGGAUUAAGGGCAUGGCUUGUGGCUUUUGCUGCCGCAUUGGUUAUGUUCUCUACGCUUGGUUUUCUACUUUCAUGGGGUAUCUUCCAAGCGUAUUACGAGGAAAAUCUACUACUUCACACUUCUCCUUCAACUAUAGCAUGGAUCGGUUCUACGCAGGUGUGUUUACUUUUCGGUCUAGCAAACCUGCGUAGCUCACUUGUGCUGCUAGUAUGCGCUCGCGUGCCUUCCAUCGCUUGCAACGGGACGAAUGUUUGACCUGGGAUAUUUCAAAAUACCGUUCUUCGUCGCUACCUGCGUCCUCUUCGCGUGCACUUUCCUAACUGCAGAAUGUACUCAAUUCUGGCAGUUAUUCCUAACACAGGGCGUCGGCGUUGGGGUGGGCUGUGGUAUCAUGUGGAAUCCUGUGGUGGUCAUUGUGUCACAUUGGUUCUCCAAGAGA